AUGUCAUUCUUAUUAAAGUGGGGAGCAGGCGCUGUAUGCCAUCAAUCGGUCAUCGAUGCGUUGGUCGAUAUGAAGACUCGAGAAUCACUGGACGAAGAAACCGAGUUGACCGACGAAUCCAAAAAGAUUCUCAGUCAAAAAGUAGGAGAAGACAGCUUUGUCCUCAUUCUUUCACUAAAAGGACCUGCGGCAAUUAUAGAAAGCAAUGAAAACGCCCCCACUGACGCUGAUGUCAUGACGGAAGAAGUCGACCUGGGUUGGAAAAAGAUAGGAGACAACUUUGACGAUCCUUGGAUCAAAAUACCUAUUAUCCCCAAGGUCACCAAAAAGAUUUCCAAGGAAUUUACCAUUGAAAUCUUGGCGGAAGAUGAUAUGAUGACAAAAUUUAGUCUGAAAGAGCGAAUCAAAGCAAAAGUGUACACUUCAAGAGUGAUAUUUCCACUUACUGAUCUUGAUGUUUCCAUUGGCGAUGAGACUGCCAAGGUGCUGUUGGAUGAUUUGGAUUAUAGUCCUGGCAAAGCCCUUCCAGUCUCCUACACCAGUGAUUUUGAUAUGCUCAGCGAUGAAUCCUUUAGCCGAAUAUUCUUUGCUGGCAUGGGAUGUGUUCUCUUGGCGAAGCAAGAAAAGGUCUUUGAUAGUAAGCAUGGCCCAUUCAUGGUGGAUAUGCCUCUACAAGACUUGAAGCUUCGAGACAAGGACAAAUACCGACCGUAUGGUGCACGGAUUCACUUUAGUGCCGACCGAUUAGUGACGGCUAUCUAUGACUAUGACAAAGCCAAGGAAUUCUUGCCGGGUGAAGUAGGAUGGGCUGCCGCCAAAAUGUUGGCCAGAACGACUGCGUUUUUGCUCAUGACGGCACGAGAGCAUCUCAUCUGGACGCACUUUUUGGUUUCCAAUGUCGCCACUCGCGAAAAGACCAUUCACCUUCCACCCAACCAUCCCAUUCGUCGGUUACUGACAGUCUUUACCUAUGGUGCCACGGAGGUCAACAUUAAUGCCUACAGCACUCUCAUUCCCGACACUUGCAUUCUCCAUCGGUCCACAGCCCUAAAGUACAAGUCAUUGAAGGAUGUCUUUGCUUCUUCCUUUACAAGUUCUAAUAUCUACGAGCCAUUUUCCGAACGAAAGUACAAUCCAGCUUUGCAAAAGCUAAUUGACGAGGGCAAAUUCCCGUAUGCCAGUGAAGGCGAGGAGUACUAUGAAAUUGUUCGCAAAUUUGUAAAGGAUUGGUUGAAAAAAUCUGGAGAUGCUGCAACUGAUGCCCAGGCCACUGCCUUUUACAAUGGCGUGAAGGCUAGCACCAAAGGACAAGCCUAUGAAUUGCCGGAAAUGAGUCAAGAGAAUGCUAUGGUCAAUUUGCUCUCCAGUAUUAUCUUUACGGUAACUGCCUAUCAUGAGAUUAUUGGUCACGUUGUGGAUUACGCCAUUCUACCAUCCAAGGCUGGUUUCCGAUUGAACAAGAAGGAUCCGCUUCAUAUUGAUUUGCAAUCCUUCUUGUAUACCGAAAUCAUUUCGGCAUCUACUUCGACCAAGAUGCCCCAACUUUUUGGGUUUUUCCGCAAUUACUUUUCAUCAGCGGGAGCUCCUUCGUGGGAACGGGAGGUAUGGAAUUCUUUCCAAUCCGACUUGAGAAGCCAAUCCACCAAGGUGCAAGAAGACGAUGCGGCACGGGAGGUCGAAUUCAAGUACUUUGAUCCUGCCAAUUUUGAAUGUUCAGUUUCCGUGUAG